AUGGAUCUGACAGCCUACACCUUGGAUGACAUCACUAAUUGCCACAUAAGUCUUCUAUCCAAAUUGGAAAUAGAUGGGGUACAGGUCUUCAAGCAUUUCAAUCCGAACAACACUGCUGGAACCGCUCGAGAAUUGAAAGGGGAAAUGAACUAUAACAACAUUAAGUUCUCCAACCUCAGCAAGACUCUUUUCCUGGACAGCAACCGUAAGUCUUACGAUAAGACGGACUGUCAGAAAUUCUUCGAGGCGGCCAAAGCUCUAGAGGAAGAUAAAGAUAAUGAUCAGAAAUUGACCAUGAUUCAAUUGCAACGAUCACUAGUGAAUCCCAGCGUAGAGCAACAAUCACUAGUGAAUCCCAGCGUAGAGCAACAAUCACUAGUGAAUCCCAGCCUAGAGCAACGACCACUAGUGAAUCCCAGCGUAGAGCAACAAUCACUAGUGAAUCCCAGCGUAGAGCAACAACCACUAGUGAAUCCCAGCGUAGAGCAACGAUCACUAGUGAAUCCCAGCCUAGAGCAACGACCACUAGUGAAUCCCAGCGUAAAGCAACGAGCACUAGUGAAUCCCAGCCUAGAGCAACAAUCACUAGUGAAUCCCAGCGUAGAGCAACGACCACUAGUGAAUCCCAGCUUAGAGCAACGACCACUAGUGAAUCCCAGCCUAGAGCAACGAACACUAGUGAAUCCCAGCUUAGAGCAACGAACACUAGUGAAUCCCAGCCUAGAGCAACGAGCACUAGUGAAUCCCAGCCUAGAGCAACGACCACUAGUGAAUCCCAGCCUAGAGCAACGACCACUAGUGAAUCCCAGCCUAGAGCAACGAGCACUAGUGAAUCCCAGCCUAGAGCAACGAGCACUAGUGAAUCCCAGCCUAGAGCAACGAUCACUAGUGAAUCCCAUCCUAGAGCAACGAUCACUAGUGAAUCCCAGCCUAGAGCAACGGACACUAGUGAAUCCCAGCUUAGAGCAACAAUCGCUAGAGAAUCCCAGCUUAGAGCAACAAUCGCUAGAGAAUCCCAGCUUAGAGCAACGAUCGCUAGAGAAUCCCAGCCUAGAGCAACGAUCACUAGUGAAUCCCAGCCUAGAGCAACGAUCACUAGUGAAUCCCAGCCUAGAGCAACGAUCACUAGAGAAUCCCAGCUUAGAGCAACGAUCGCUAGAGAAUCCCAGUCUAGAGCAACGAUCACUAGUGAAUCCCAGCUUAGAGCAACGAUCACUAGUGAAUCCCAGCUUAGAGCAACGAUCACUAGUGAAUCCCAGCUUAGAGCAACAAUCGCUAGAGAAUCCCAGUCUAGAGCAACGAUCACUAGUGAAUCCCAGCCUAGAGCAACGGACACUAGUGAAUCCUAGCUUAGAGCAACAAUCGCUAGAGAAUCCCAGCUUAGAGCAACAAUCGCUAGAGAAUCCCAGCUUAGAGCAACAAUCGCUAGAGAAUCCCAGUCUAGAGCAACGAUCACUAGUGAAUCCCAGCCUAGAGCAACAGACACUAGUGAAUCCUAGCUUAGAGCAACAAUCGCUAGAGAAUCCCAGUCUAGAGCAACGAUCACUAGUGAAUCCCAGCCUAGAGCAACGGACACUAGUGAAUCCUAGCUUAGAGCAACAAUCGCUAGAGAAUCCCAGCUUAGAGCAACAAUCGCUAGAGAAUCCCAGCUUAGAGCAACAAUCGCUAGAGAAUCCCAGCCUAGAGUAA